AUGGCUUGGCCUUCUGGAUCCUUCGGUGGGCGUCGUGGUAGCGUGGUAGCAGAGUGGGUGUUGUCUCCCAAGUACUUCAAUUUCCUGUUUCCUAUGACGUUGACAAUGAUUCACAUGUCAUUCUCCGGAAUCGUUGCAUUUUUCCUUGUCCGAUUUUUCAAGGUUGUAGCUCCUGUCAAAAUGACAUUUGAAAUAUAUGCAACAUGUGUAAUACUUAUAAGUGCCUUCUUUGCAUCAAGUAUUUGGUUUGGAAACACUGCCUAUUUGCACAUAUAUGUUGCUUUUAUCCAGAUGCUCAAAGCUCUAAUGCCAGUGGCAAAAUUUUUCAUGGGUGUCAUGUGUAGCACUGAUAAACCAAGGUGUGAUGUGUUCUUAAACAUGGUGCUGGUCAGCGUCGGAGUUAUCGUUUCCAUGAGUUGGUGGCCGCACAUGUAUGCUGUAUUAGGUGUUUUUACUGUAGUCACCAUGUGGCCAGUUGUUGUAACUGAGGGUUGCAGGAAAAUAAAGCUGCAGUACUAUUGGUUUAAACUAACAUCUGUUGCAAGGUAA